CCCUAAAUCCCUAAAAAAUUGCAAUUAAAACCAUACGAAUAAAACUCAGUAACACAACAAUUUGGAAUCGAACUCAUCUUGCCGGAAAUCAAAAGGCUUGCCGGAAAAAGCUGACGGAGUUGGUCGUUGUCGUCGAAAAGCCGCCGAAAGUGUAAAAGUUCAGAAUGUUAAAGAAAAAGCCAGUGGUCGGCCUCUCAUGGCAACCACAGUUGCCUAUUCCAUCUCUGUCAAAGGCAACAGGUGAUCCAUCUCAUACCACAUCUCAAACAAAGACACCAAGUAGCACUAUUUGGAAACCCAAUUCAGAAUUGGUUAAUGGGCUAUUUGUUCCUCCAAAUGAUCCGAGAAAAUUAAACAAGUUACUGAAACAGCAAGUUAAGGAUACUGCUGGGAAACAAUGGUUUGACAUGCCUGCUCCAACCAUCACCCCCGAGUUGAAGAAAGAUCUGAAGUUACUACAGUUGAGGGAUGCUAUUGAUCCAAAGCGGCACUACAAGAAGAGUGGUUCAAAAUCAAAGGCUCUUCCAAAGUACUUUCAGGUGGGAACAAUGGUAGGUUCUCCACUGGACUAUUACUCAGGCAGAUUAACAAACCGUGAGAGGAAAGAAUCAAUUGCAGACGAGUUGCUUUCCGAUCAAAACUUUUCAGCUUACAGGAAGCGGAAGGUUCGAGAAAUUGAAGAGCACAGGCGACCAGCUGGGAAUGAAAAGUGGAAGAUCCAAGGUAAGAGUACUCGUAAGCGUGCAAAAGAAAGGAGGAAGUACUGAGUUUCACACACCUCUUGGAGCUAAUCCAUGGAAAUUUGACUUCAUUACAUUCAAUCUUGUUCACAUGCCAAGAGAAUAAUGCCAUGAAACAGGUUACAAUUACCGAGUUCAUGUAAAAUAGCUAAAGAAUGUUGUUAUAUUUUGGAGGUUUAUUUAAAGUGUGGUCAAUGUUUUGAGUCUUAUUUUUUGUAUUAUGGAAAUUCAUUUUCGUGUUUUCUUUCAACGUUACUAUCUUUUUUGUUAAGAAUUACUAGUUAUUAGUUCUUAUCGUUGUUAAACGACUUUUUUAAAAAUGUAUGAGAAAAACAGUAGCUGAGCAAACAAGCUGUCUUGAUCAUAAUGAUAAGAUCUAGAGUUAGGUGAA